UGCCACCAGCGAUACGCGCUUAAUUCAGCUGGCAACUCUGCUUGUUUGCGCUGCGUGAGAAUUUGUUCAUUCGACGGUCGGUUGAAAAUCACUGUAAAACUGUGAUGCUACAUUGUUCGUCGUUGAAAACCCACCACAAGAGCUAAUUAAAUGACUGCCAUGGACGGGAACGAAGUCACACAAAAAAUCCGGGCUGCCAUCAAGACAAAGCUGAUGGAGCUUGGAGCCUAUGUCGAUGACGAGCUGCCCGACUACAUCAUGGUCAUGAUUGCCAACAAGAAGACGAAGGAGCAGAUGACGCAGGACCUGUCGCUAUUCCUUGGUGAUAGCACUGUCAACUUCACAUCGUGGUUGCAGGGAGUGCUGGACCACCUCCAGGCUAUUGCCACAGAAGCCAAGCAACGUGGCAAGGAGGAGCAGCCGCAUGCAUUACUUCCUGGUGAGCCCGUACGGCCGGUGCUGCCCCCCCACCUAGACACUACCAGGCAGCAGAAGUCGGAACCAACACCAAUCGCACCCACUGUAGUGGUGGCUCCUCCGCCCAUCAAAGAGGAGCCAUUCCUGCCAGAGUACAGCGACGAGGUCCUUGCCCUGAAAGCAGAACCUGAGCCAGACGACGAUCUUGCUGACGACCUGCGUGCCAUCGUGGAGCAAGCACCAGCAACACGGCAGAGGACAGCUAGCAGUGGAGCGGGCAGCAGCAGCAGCGUCUCCCUGGUGCGACCGAUUCCCAGGAUGUCUGCGCCCGAACAGACAUUGACGUCUAAGGAACGGCCAACCAAGAAGUCGGUGGUGGCGCCAGCUGCCGUCGUGCGCCGGAAACCGCACUUUCUGAGUGAGGCGGAGGAGGACGACGAGGAGGAGUACGACCCGAGCAACCCGUCGGUGGGCUCCAUCGCCAGCGUGGUUAAGGUCUCUGAGAGGAGAUCAAGUGUGCCUGAGAACAUGCAGGCCAACAAGCUUCUCCUGCUCAAGGCCAUGAAGGCAGCACAUCAAUCUGUCUCCAGCACGGCUCGCCGCAACCCCUCAGCCCGGGUGGAACCGUACCAACCAACACCCAUCCGCGAGCUGGGCUCAAAGCGGAGGAGACCUGCCAGCCGUCUAGGCUCUACGAGAGCUAGUGAUGCUGACGAUGAGGACUCCAUGCCGCCAGCUAAACGAUCCAGCGGGCUGUCUAUUAAGGAGAGGCUUGGACGCAGGCGAGCAUCUACAGAGGAGCCCAUGGCAUCUUCCACCUCGGAGCAGGCACCUGGCCCGACGAGAGCAUCACGGAUUGUUGGUGCCAUUGCUCCUGAAGUCCGGCCAGACACUAGAGCCAGGGAGAAAAGCAUGAUGGCUGCACCUGCAGCUGACACAGUGGUGACCAGAGACAACGUUAGCUUGGAGCAAGAUGAUGCAGAUCUGCUGGAAUUGGAUGUAGCCCACGAGGACGUGCACUCGGUGGUCAAGGACACCACGCCCACAUCCACACCCAGUCGGCUGAGCGGGGCUGAUGAUUCCACACCUGGCCGCCAGGGCAGUUCAGGCAGCACGCCGUCUUCAUCCCAGUGGCCACGCUUUGUGGUCACCCUUGACGGUGUGGAUCCGACGAGCUUCAAGAGCAGCAACAGCCACCGCGAUGUGCUGACCACAGGUCACGACCUUGAGGAGCUGCCCGAAGAGGACGAGGAACAGCUCGUGCCAGCUGCUUCUCAGAGGCCACCAGUCAAGAGCCGCCUAAUGAUAGCACCAGUCUCCGAUGCCGUAGCGUUCCCGAGUGGUGCUCCUUCCCUGUCUUCUCCCAUACCAGAGCCGAGGGACGUACGGCAGCAGCUGAUGGAGGAGGCCUGUGUAGUGGAAGAAGAGGAAGCCAUGGCAGUGGACAGUGGGGCCCCCCAAAUCCUGGAGAAGUGUCAUUACUGGCCCGCCUGCAAGAACGGUGACCGCUGCCCCUUCCACCACCCGAGCGUGCCUUGCAAGGCAUUCCCGAACUGCAAGUACCGAGACAAGUGCCUUUUCAUCCACCCCAACUGCAAGUACGAUGCCUUCUGCAAACGCAAGGACUGUCUCUUCACGCAUGCAAGCCGGCGGAGCUACGCCUGCCCGCCGCCUGUGGUGUCCUCCCCAUCGGUGCAGCACUGCAAAUUCUACCCUCACUGCACCAACCUCAAGUGCCCGUUCUUUCAUCCAAAGCCAUGCAAGUUUGGUCCGGCGUGCCAGUCGUCCUCGUGUCCGUACAGUCACCCAGAAGGCAGCAUGCCGCCACCCAACAAGCUCAAGUGGACAUCAGCCACUGCCAAGAAAGCAGGGGAGACAGCUGCCUGAGCCAUGAUCACCGUGACAUCUGGUGCCCUCAAGUGCUGCACCCAGCUUCUUUGCAGGAAUUCCCAGUUGGCUGCCCAAGAUAGCCAAUCACAGAUGAGCUCCAUCCUCGUCUGCAUCAAUGUUGUUACUGCCACAUCUGUGUAGCUGUUGUUUUCGCCAUCGACGUUCUUACUAGCGGGUUUGCAUCGAUUCUCUUUGUUUUGGUUUUUUGCCAUGAAACUUGUAAAUAAAUCUUAGUGAAAAAAAAAAGUAAAACAUGCAUGAAAAAAGAAAAAAAAAUAGGUUCUGAAUUUUCGAA